AUGAACAGGCAUCGAUGGCCUCGGAAUUCUUUACAGCGCCUCAUUCUGCCCGGCUCUCUGCUGGUUCCAUUCAUCUGUCUCAUUAGUUUCUCGCUGCAAUCGAAUGCGCGUAAGUUUAUUUCCUUUUUUAUUUGAUGUUUACACUGUUCCGCAAUGAGUAAGCAAAAGGGAAUAGAACAACAUGAUAGUAAAAAGCUAAAAAAAUCAAGAAAAUAAAAACAAAAUGCGAAAUUUCUGUAUACAGUAUACAACAUGUAAUUUCUUACAUAUUUUUUUCCAUAGAAGCUUGCAAUUUUUGACUUGUUCCAGAAUUCCGCGAUCCCUGUGACAAUUUUGAUCUCCGUUCAUGUGAUCCCGCUGCGGAGUGUGUUAGCGAGACGCCUGGGAGGGCCGAAUGUCGAUGCCCUCAAGGGUAUAUUGAUCUAUCGCCCAGCAUUGAGCACCCUGGAAGGAAGUGCUUGCAAGGUAAGAGAAGAUUUGCAAAAAAGCCACUGCAUUUCCUCUACAAUGUUAGACCUGAUCCCGUGGCAAAAAAGGUUCCAUUUUGCAUCCGGGAAGCACAAAAAAUGUAGCAAAAUACCUCCCUUUCCAACUAAAAAACUCCGUUUUGAAGAGCGCGCCCUUUUCCUCACAAAAAAGGGGGCGCGAUUGUAAAAUCGGAGUUUCUUCCUUUGAAGAGGGAGGUAUUUUGCCACAUUUUUGAUACUUCCCAAGUGUAAAAAGCGUAAUUUUUUUGUCACUGGAUCAGGUCGGCCACUGUAGAUUGGGCUUGGUAUAAGAAAUUAACGCUAAGUUUCUGUAUAACGAAUGGCAAGAGCCGCCACUGUAAUUUAUACGAUUUUUAGUCCGUCCACUAUCCAAUACCGGCGAUUGCUCAGUGAAUGAUCCGUUGAGUUGUGACUCGCAGAAAAGUGAAGUCUGCCUGUUCAUUGAUGGCCAUUAUCAAUGCUCCUGUCCUCAAGGGUACAGCAAACUGCCGGAUGGGCGGUGCUUGGUCAUUAACGAGUGUAGUCAGGCGAGGCUUCACGACUGCGCUCCUAAUGCACGAUGUAUUGAUAAAGUAAGUGAAUAAAUUUGUAAAAAAUUAGGGAUUUCUCUAUAAACCAUCAUUUCUUUUUGCACAAUACUUUUUUCUCAGGACGUCGGUUAUGAAUGCCGUUGCUACGACAAUCUUGUCGACAUCUCUCCCGAUCCCCAUAAGCCGGGUCGCAAAUGCGUUGGCAAAGUCAACGAAUGCGCUGAGCCCGCAAAAUACGGAGUGGAUUGUGAUGCGGAUGCAACUUGUAUGGACUCCGACGACAGCUACACAUGUCAUUGUCGGCCAGGAUUUGCCGAUAUCUCCCAUCUUUAUAGCAAAUUGCCUGGACGAAAGUGUGUGGAGGAGAUUGACGAGUGCCAAAGCGAAGGGAUGAACGACUGCUCGGAGAAUGCGGAAUGCGAAGAUACGCAGGAAAGGUGA